AUGAUUCGGUUGGCGAGCCAGGCAUGCAAAAACCUCAGUCGAGAUCAGUCCGAUGAGAACCAAGCGGGGAAUCUUUACUUGAGGAAGUGGAAUCCGACAUUCGCAACACGUAACCGCAACUUACACGACCAGUCGUUUGCGAAGAUCCUCGAGCAAUGUCACGUGGAGAGAGACGUCUUGGAUGCAUUUUUGCAAGAUUUUGAGAGCUCUGUACCGUCUCAGGAAUUCGAGGUGCAGCGAGCGCGGCAUUUCCUGCGACAAGAAUUAUCUGAAGGAUCGGCUCAUCAAAAUUCCAUACGGGCUUGGGUAGAGUCUCGCAAAGAAUCGACAGAGCAAUCCAAAUCACGACCCAAGUGGCUUACUUGUGAUGAACUCACGGAGUAUCUUACGAAGCACUCUGCGCGGGGAAAUGACAAGCUAGAUUCUAUUCGACGUUUGAUAUACAUACCCAGCUUCGAUAAACGCUUUCUGACCGCUGUUGUCACCACGGCAUCUUGGAGAGAAGUGUUAGCCCUGAGGACAGUAUUGUAUCGACACGUUGCUCGCGAACCAAGGAUAGAAGCCAUAAUACCGGUCGAUGGAUUCUUGACGUUCAACUUGUUAUUCAGCGCUACUUAUCUCAAGUUGAGGCAGAAAUCAUCGCAGUACACUCGACCACAUCUUUCCGACACCCGAGACAAACAAUUUGAGACCGACCUUAGCUUCUUGAAUAUCGGUUGUGAGGACAGCAGGGGGGCUGCUCUCUUUGUUAUUCGAGUUGCGCACACAACCGUCUCCAUAUCUGGAUGCGACCAGUUUGAUUGGACAGGAUAUGCAUUUUCCGACCACAGUCCAAACGAUCCCGAAUACGAGGACAUCAUCGUUCAUAAAGAAGAUGAAGAAGAAGACGAGAUUGAUGAUGGUCGAGAAGAGGGUAGUGAGAAGGGGGAGGCUGAUCUUGAUAUGUUGGACGAUGAUCGUUUCGCUUCAGACGGAUUGAUACUCCAUCCAGAUAUAAGCCCAGUCAUCUGGGACCCGCGAAGAUAUUUCUUACGUGUUGUAGCUAUACGGGUUGAGAUAAUAGUGCAGGAAUACGUUUACAUGAUCGACAUGCUUGAGGAUGGCAUUGAACACUGGAAGAAGCACAUCAUCUAUACCACCUUCGAAGUUCAUCAGAAACAAGAUCAGUCUACGCGUAAUCGACAAUCACUCAAGGAUACUUUCGUCCUGAAAGAACUUCUACAGGAGCUUCGCGUACGUUUGUCGAUCACAGCAGCUGCGUGGGAUGACUUCAGCGCUCCCGAUGGGCACAUGAAUUUCUUCUCCGACAUCACCGACAGAGAUGCCCAAAUUGCGCUGCACACGCUCCGAGAAUCAUUCGGGAGGUUGAAACGCUUGGAACGGAAGCUCGGCAUUCUCGAUGGACACCGUGUGGAGUCAACAGAUGUGUUACUCUUUAUCUCGACACCCUUCGCCUUCGUACUCCAGUAUUUUUGUGGCGAACAGAACUUUUUCUCGAUAGAACGAACUCCCAAAGCUUUCGUUCUAUGUCUUUUCGUGAUGCUACUUGUAUUUCCGACCAUCAACUUCGGCAUUGAGUGGCUCAAUCAGCACAGGAAACACCUACAGCACAAAAUCCUUAUGCGUCUGGGCCGAAACCAGCCAAUCGAAGUUGCAAACGUGGUCGAGCAAACCCUGGAUUCUGACCCUGAGAAGACUGUUAAGGAGUUGGGUCCAUGCGGCGAUGGCCUCAGUGAAACACAAUCGCUUUCUGAGGGCUUCCAAGCGUGCCCCAAAAAACACAUCAGACUAUGCAAUGACGACAAACCACGAGAAUUCUACGAGAACACUACGAGAAAUCACGAGCGGCUUCCUUUCGGGAAGCGGAAGGAGUGCAUACUGGGUUGUCACGACUGCGUAUCGGAUAUACGCAAUGCCGAGCCUUGCAGGUGGCGUAUUAUCCCAGAAGUCUUUAUCUGGCAACCCGACGCCCUCUCUCUGCACGUCAGACGGACAGAUCUCGCUGCCCAACCUCUGCAUGACGAUAGUGUAUUUCCUAUGGCUCACAUUGGGGAUUCCAUACUUAGUCCAGGCUCUCGGCGGCUUAGCAGACAAUGGCCACAGAUAUUCAGUCAUGACCGAAGGCCACAAGAACUCUAUCCGUGGAUGAAAUCGUUGGGCGAACUCCUGACCCCGCACCAUGGGAUCAAACUCUUUAUGCAGCAUUAUGAUGACGAUAGAAUAUCUCCAUUCGUGGAGGCUGUAUUAGAAUACUGUAAGGGUGUUGAAGAAAAGGAUUUUAAUGACACGGGAAAAAUGAGCGUAGGCGAGGCGUGGCUCGACGACAGGACAGCUCCGCUUGUUUCAACAAAUAUGGGGCAAAAUGUGCAUAACACUACAAGUAACCCGACAACUCCGAACACGGCACAUAUGCGACACUUGGAUGUUAUUCUCUCCCAUGGUAGCAUCGAAUGUGAUAUCACAGAUGCCCACGAAAGACAUCCCCUCAUCUCAACACAGAGCACUACGUGUGAAGCUAGGGAGUACGAGGAGCGUUUGACAGCAAGAGAUUUAAGGCGUCAUCUUCGUGAAAGACGUUUCAACCAUGAGCAUAUGAAGGACGCAGACCGGCGACUUAUACACGUCACGAAUCCAUCUCCAUGCCACAUGCUCACCUUGACUGAAACGGCGACCGAGCACCAAGCUCCAGCACUCCGAGAUCUCUUAGGAAAGUUCGUCACAUUCCAAACGUCCAUGGAAGUCAGAGUUUCCUUCGAAGGGUACCGUAUCUACCAGCUCAGAAACCACUUUCCCUACUUCGCAUUUCAAGAUACAAAACCAGAGGUCUCGCACAAACCCGGAGGUGAGAAGUCGAACCGAAACACAUGGACGGACCUUUCUUUCCUUGAACCAACGGACGAACCGAAUACGUGUGGUAUGUAUCAAGCGCAAUCAUCGUUCACUGUCUCCGGUUCUGAUAACACUCGUUGGAUCGCAUACAACCUCGAAGAUACCAGUUUCAACUCAGACCGUGGGAUCGGCGAUGAUGAACGCGAUGAGUACCAACGUAGGGAUCAGAUAUCCAUGGGCAAAUUCGAUGCGAACAUGCCUUUCACUGAUGCUCGGGAGUACUACCUGGCCAUCAGUUUGGUCAAAGCGAAGCACGCCCAAAAUGAGAUCCAGAGGGUGAUCGGGCGAGUGGAGGCUUCGUUCAGAAACCAUAUAACGUGCCGCCCGUUUUCUACUGCAUCUCCAGCCGAGCAGUCUGCCAUAAUGAAGUGGAACGAGCCCAUGCUGGAGCUUCUGACUAUGUUGAUCAAAGAUCUUGGGGAGAAGGUCCACUGCUGGGAUAGCUUCAAGGAAAGCGACAUCGAUUAUUUCGACGACCCAAAUGCGACGCUACCAUCCCAGGUUAUCGAACAUAUCGAGCGCUUGAAAAUCGAGCUAGACGAUGUGUAUAGGGAGUUGAGGACCUUUGGAAAGAAGCUAUCCUAUUUUCGAAAUUCAUGCAAAGAGCUUGCUUGUCAACUGCAGUACCGCCUUAGCUUGGAAGGCGGAAACAACAGCAAUUUCACCAUUCUUAUUAUAUCUCCUGUAGUCGUUGCCUCUAGUGUCUUUGCUAUCGACACCUCCGUGUUUCCUUUUGAACGAAAUGUCCUCUCUUUCCUUCUAUUCGUCUUCGCUACCACGGCAUCUACUCAAUUGCCAGUCCAGUAUAGUAUCUUCGUAAUUGCAGAAGCCUUCCUGAAUCUCCCCCACAAGUUCAUAUAUCGCGAUAUGUUCUUUCAAGCCUCACUACUAUUCACAACCUUCCUUUCCUCCGCGUCAGCACAAUACGCCCUCAACAGCAGUGUCGGCUCAUGUGGAGAUGUACAUUGCCCUCCCGACGACACUCCUGUAGGAGCAGAAUGCAAUGUGACCGACAAAACCUAUGAAGCAAUCGGGCUACGAUCGUUCUCCACAGCUAUUACAAAUGACAACAACAAUCUGACAUGGACCCUCGCUACACACCACAACCAAACCCACCCCGUCGAGACUGCACUCACGGAGAAGAGCUUUUAUCUCGGCACCCCUCCUUCACUCGAACUUGAUAGUGAGGAUCUACCGUAUCGAGGCUGUGCCAUUUUCUUAUAUGACAAUCCUGUUGGGCGGAACAACUCUUGGGACUGCGAGAAGGUUGUCGGCGCGACGUGCAUAUCGUCGUUGUUAACCCAGGUUAACACGCUACUGGGACUAUCUGCCAAUGAAACAGAGAUGACGGAAGAGAGCUGUCUUCGCGUGCAAAGAGGACUGAAUGAAACGUUCCCUGACGAGUGUUCCGAGGUGACGAAUUCUACUUCAUGGCCUGGAAUAUCUGCAAUACCACUUACUGGCAAGGACGCGCCUACACCACCGGAUUCUGCAAGCAACGCCAGCUCGAACUGUCACCCGACUCUUCCCAAGUCUAACGACCUCAGUUACGCUUUUGGUUAUAAUGCAAGUGGUCUGGGUGCCGGUACUGACAUCGUUAUCACCACAUUUUGGUCACCAGAUGGGAAUAUUGAGGGCGCUGUGAGUGGUACAGACUCACAGCUCAUGUGCCUAUGGAUAAACCCAUUGACAGACCGGUCGGUGGCUACUAAUGUCGGUAGUGGUGAGGACGAUGAGGGUGCUGCAAUUCGUCCAUCUUUCAGCAUGGUUGGUGUUCUCAUCUGCAUGGGCCUAGGUUUUUUCCAAUUUAUGUAG